AUGUCACGAACUGAAGAAGUUCAGAUUCCUCAACUUGUGCGAAGGUGGAAUGAUCUAGAGAGGUUGGAGAUGGAAUCAAAGCCUGCUAAUUUUGUUGAUUUGGUGAAGAAUAUAAGCUUGAGUUGCAGAAAAUUUUGUUGGCUGAUGGUUUCAGGAUCUGUGAGAGGAGAAGAUGCGUUAGCCAUUGUUAGAUAUCUGCCGAAGCUGAAGAAAUUGGAGCUGAAAAACUCGUAUUUGGCUAAGAAGGAGUUGAUGACUCUAGUGAAUGGUUGCAGGGAGUUGGAGAUAUUGAAUUUGAAGGAUUGUGUUGGAUUUGAUGGAGAAGAUGAAGAGAUAAAUGGCAAAGUUAGUCACAUUAAAGAGUUCAGAAAGGAGGGGUGCAGACUGUAUUAUGAGUAUGAUGAGUAUGAGUUUUGUUUAUAUGAUUAUGUUCUUUGA